UCAACGGAAAGAGCCGUAGAUGUCGGCUCGGUCAUGUGAUCAGUUGUGUCCAAUCAUGGCUGAUCGCAUGGGACAUGUGCACUGAUCAUCAGGGCACUGAUAAUCAGUGUGCUCUGAUGAUCUGUGUAGCCCCAGCAGUGCCACCUGUUAGUGUCCAUCAGUGCCAGCUGUCAGUGCUCAUCCAUGCCACCUGUCAGUGCCAAUCAGUGCCACAUCAAUGCCACAUAUCAGUGCCCAUCUGAGCUGCCUUUCAGUGUCACCCAUCAGUGCCAGUCAGUGUCACCUAUCAAUGCCAGUCAGUGCCACCUAUCAGUGCCAGUAAGUG